ACUUCCCUGCUUUACAUAGUGGGAACACUUCCUGUUUGCCUCAGAACAGGUUUGUGCUGUUGCGGAUGCAUAAGCAGGUCUAAGUGAAGAGGCAACAGAUACGUUUCCUCAUCGGCAAAAUGGACUCUUUCAAAGGACCUUGCCCUCAUCAGAGUGUUCCUGUUGAGAUGGAUGAGAGCAUGACACCCUCCAGUCUAGACUUGGCCUUUCUUCACUCUUGUAAACAGUGUAGCGGACACACAGAAAGCAGCAACAGGCCGCAGGACCAUGAUCAAACAAGAGGGGCGGCACACAAUGUUGACCAGUGGAGACUCUCCAAGAGCCAGUACCCGCAUGCCCCAGAAGCAGUCAGGCAUCCUGCUCCACAGCCUCCCUUCGGCCUUCCUACACACUCAGGACGGAUGGAGCACCCCCACCCUGCACCCUGGCACCAACGCAGAGGCUGUUCCCCGGAUCACAGUGUGGAGGCUGAAGGCUUGGAGCCCCCUCUGCCGCUCAUGUCUGACGUUAGCCGCACCUACUAUGUCCCACCACAAUACCGUGCAGCACGUGCGCCUGGCCCUGAUCCAGUGCAGGGGAGUUUUCUCAGACAGUGUGCAUGCUGCCCUCCAGCAAAGAUGCCCCAUCCCAUUAGGAAUUCUCCACACCAGGAGUUUCGACAUCACCAGCAGUUACGGAAUCCAAAUGCUCCAAAUGGUCCACAUGGACCUCCCCCUCAGUGUGCGAAUUCCCUUGGAGAAGUGAUCCAUGAGGUCAGUGUGAAUUACCCCAUCCUUCCUGAUCCAUUACCAGCCACAAAGGAGUUCAGGAGGACCAUCAGUCUACCUGAGGAGUGUAGGAAUGUUUUCAUCACGUAUUCCGUGGACACAGCCCAACAAAUUAUUCCUUUUGUCAAAUUUCUGAAUGAUAACGGACUCAGACCAGCUAUCGACAUCUUUGAAAAUCCAGUCCAAAUAAUGGGCAUCACCAAAUGGAUGGACAGAUUUUUGAAUGAUAAGUCAGUGCUCAUCAUUGUGGUCAUCAGCCCCAAAUACAAGGAGGAUUUGGAGGGAGAUGCAGGUGAUGAGCAUGGCCUGCACACCAAGUACAUUCACAAUCAGAUCCAGAAUGAGUACAUCCAACAAGGCUGCCUGAACUUCAGACUGGUACCUGUGUUGUUUCCUAAUGCAACCAAGAGACAUGUCCCCAGCUGGCUCCAGAGUACCAGGAUCUACCGCUGGCCCGAUGACAGCCAGGACCUGCUGCUGCGCCUGUUCAGGAGGGAGCGCUACAUCAUGCAACAGCGAGGGGGUAACCUGACCCUCACUCUUCGUCCCCUUUGAGAAACAGGACGAGGACACUUGUGGAAACUGUUCAGUUUAAAGAAAUGGUUCGGUAUGUGAAAACGAUGACGAUGGGUUUCAUAAUCCUUGCUGAGGUCUGUCAUUAGCUGUAAGGUGUUUCCCCACCUGUCGCUUGCUUUUGAAUACAGAUUUUAUGUUGUCAUGUUGUUUUAUAGUUCAUUAUACCAGUGUUUCUAAUCACUACAUACUCCAUCUGAAUGCUGCUCAAUCUUCUUCACUGUAGAUAACAUUUGAGCUGAGAACCAACACAAUCCAUUAAAAAUCAUUACGUGUUCUAUAAAUAUUUUAAAAAGCUUUGAUAAGUUUACUGAUUUAGUUUGCCAUAUUACCAUAAUGUAACUUUGUUUACUUUCUGGUCUAAUUAAUGAUAUCAAAAUGUUAGUUACUGAUAUCAACAAUCCUGCUCAUGGAAAUCUUCACUGUAGAUGUCUUCAAUUGCGUUCCUACAUUACGCAUAUGAUAAAUACAAUUUUAGAUCUCUGAAUUUUGUUAAAUAAUUGGUAUGUGAGGGUGGAAUUGUAACUAGUAGGAAUGUCAUUUUAGAUAUCACAGUUGUAACUAAUGAAAAUGACAUUCAUACUAGUAAAAUGGCAAAAUGGCAACAUGUCCAAAGUGGUUUGUUGAUAUGUCAAGCAUGUACAUAUCUGUACAUAUGUGUAAAUGACAUUUUUACUAGUCAAACCUAAAUCACUUCUAGUCACUGAUUUACUGUUUAAAGGCCUUGCCAUACACUCCAUUUCAUUUUGACUUUAUCAUUAAGUCAGGCACAAACUUCUGCUUUGCAGGGCUGGCUCUGCUUUAUUGUGGUCUAUCUAUAUACUGAAUAAAUUUAAUUCUCUUUUUAUUUUGUAUCAUUAUUUAAUAUUCAGUUAUUCAUGCAUUAUUCAAAGCUCAAAGUUGUUAAUUUUCUCACUUUAUCGUGGCAUACUCCAGGCCCCACAGUCCACCAUGUGUGCAUUUCUAAGUGAAGUCUAUACUUAUAACCAGUAGGUGGCAGCAUAUCCCAAACAAUGACAGCAUGCUCAGCCUUGACAACUUCUCAUGGCAAAUCUAAUUUCCAUUCAACAUACAGCACAUUGAUGUUAUUAAUGCUAUGCUUUUACAUUGCUUUGGAAUAAAAGCCAUUGUGCCAUUGUUUCAUCUAACCAGUUGGGAUAUCUUAUUUUCAUUCUGACUGUGUUAAAAGAAGAACUGAGUUUUAGGGGGGUCUUGACAGCAACAUUAUGCAGGUAUUUCCCUGCCAUGAUAAGGCUUAGGUGCAGCACCAAAGCUGUUUUAUGCACCACCUAAGAUGGAUGAAAUAGAAUCAAUGUGGAGAUCAUCAAAACUAACCAAAUGAUCUAAUGGUUGUAGUUAGUCUCCAGUUGUUUACAACAUUUUGGACACAGAUACAGCACUAAUAAUGGUCCACAAUGAUGUGAAAUUGAGUGUUUUGAUUUUUAUUUUUUUUUAAUUGAAAAAUGUAAAGUUGUCUUGGGAGAGGAGCCCCAAACUCCCCACCGACUAUGUGCACCUAAGUCUUCCAUGAACCUGGAGAAAACACUAAGCGUGACAAAGGAUCCGUGUCCAUGGGAAGUCUGUCCAAUGGACAGACACUUUGAUAAGCAAGUGCUGCUGCGUGGGACCAACAGCUGUCCAGCUCCACCUUGAACUUUACCAUUUGUGCACUGGCAUUGUGCACCUGGUUAGCAGACCUUAUAAAAAAAACUGAUUGGCUCACAUUUGUGUGUGUAAGGGGAAUUCUGGUGAUGUCCAGGCUUUUAUCAGCUCCUCCAUUAUGGAGCUGUCUGUAAACAUGAGCGCUGCCAGUUCCAAUAAAUCCACUGUUUGUUAUUGUU